AUGCAAGAGGCCCCACAGAAACCCCUCCCCCAGCUGGACUUCCCAGCCACCCUCAGUCAGGCAACCCAGGACGAGGAAUCCUGCAGAAAACCUGCCCGCUUCCAUCCAAGUGCCCUGAAGUCCCAGGACCCCUCCAUCCCCCGCCACACCCGGGCAGCCCCCUCCCGCCAGGCCUUGCUGGACCCAGCGCCUUCUCCCUGUCACCCGCUGUCGCCUCGGGCGGGGAUCGGUGCCCCGGAGCGCAAAGCCUGACGCGAUCCCCCUCUCCCACCCCCCCCACCCCCACCUCCCACCGCCCAGGCCCUGGCGGCGAUGAGACAGAGCGGCGCCUCCCAGCCCCUGCUGAUCAACAUGUACCUGCCAGAUCCCGUCGGAGACGGUCUCUUCAAGGAAGGAAAGAGCCCGGGAUGGGGGCCCCUGAGCCCCGCGGUACAAAAAGGCAGCGGCCAGAUCCAGCUGUGGCAGUUUCUGCUGGAGCUGCUGGCUGACCGCGCGAACGCCGGCUGCAUCGCGUGGGAGGGUGGCCACGGAGAGUUCAAGCUCACGGACCCAGACGAGGUGGCGCGGCGCUGGGGCGAGCGCAAGAGCAAGCCCAACAUGAACUACGACAAGCUGAGCCGCGCGCUGCGCUACUACUACGACAAGAACAUCAUGAGCAAGGUGCACGGCAAGCGCUACGCCUACCGCUUCGACUUCCAGGGCCUGGCGCAGGCCUGCCAGCCGCCCCCCGCGCACGCUCACGCCGCCGCCGCCGCCGCCGCCGCCGCGGCCGCCGCCGCCCAGGACGGCGCGCUCUACAAGCUGCCCCCCAGCCUGGCCCCACUGCCCUUCCCCGGCCUCUCCAAACUCAACCUCAUGGCCGCCUCGGCCGGCGUCGCGCCCGCCGGCUUCUCCUACUGGCCGGGCCCGGGCCCCGCCGCCGCCGCCGCCGCCGCCACCGCCGCGCUCUACCCCAGCCCCGGGUUGCAGCCCCCGUCCGGGCCCUUCGGCGCGGUGGCCGCCGCCUCGCACCUGGGGGGCCAUUACCACUAG